AAAGAUUACCCCGUUCCAAAAAUGAGAUCAAUAACAAAUUGGUAUGGCUCCUUCGUCCUCUUCUUCUCCUGCGUCAUCUCUGUCCCCUUUCUCCCCUCCUGCUCCACUGCCUCCUCAACUGUCCCCUCGUUUUACUGCUAUUCAAGAAUGCGAAAUAGAAGAACUAGAAGAUGCAUACAGUGAAGAGAGAAGCCAAGGGAAAGCGAUAUCAAUACCAACACCAACAUAUUGUGUGGAUAAGAGAGAGACUCCAAAGCACCUGCCAACACCUCUUCAUGACAAAACCAGCAAGCUCAGCUCUAAGAAACGGCAGGAAUCGAGUGAAAACCGUGGAGAAGAUGGCUCCGUUUCUUGCGACAAUUGCCAUCCACACUUGCGAGAGAAGAUCUGUGUGGUUCCUUUGGACAACAAUGGAUUAAACAAGCACUCAUCGUUUAUUGCAAGUCCUAAUGGACUCUUCAAGUCUAUCUUCUCUUCAUGGACAAGAAAAAGUCCAAAAUCUGUUGAUAUAUCAACGGUCAGAGAGGAGCAAUGGAGUAUUGCUUUGGCUGAGCUCUCCCAUAAGCUAAUUCAAGCAAGACAAAAGAGAGAUGAAGCACUUCUUGAAGCUUCCAGGCUAAAGAAUUCAAUGUCUGAACUCGAAAAGAAGCUUAACAAGCUUGAAGUUUAUUGCCAUAAUUUGAAGUCCGGGCUUGACGAGUGUACCAGUAAUUCACCAUAUCGAACUCCGAAAGGGUUUGGUAUCCAUCAUCAUCAACAAAACAGCGUUAUGGGUUUUAGUGACAAGGUGAUAGAGCAAUUCUUGGUUUCAGUUUCUGAAGCAAGGUCCUCAGUUAGGUUUUUGAGCAGGUCACUCACUAAGCAACUAAGCCACAUGGGACUUAGAGUCAGGGUUUAUGAAAGAAUAUCUGAUCUGCUUCAACCAUAUGAUAUAAAGAUUUCAUUCUCCAAGAACCCCAAAAGUGUUCUCUUUUACCUUGAGGCCUUGCUGAACAAAGCUAUCUUUGAAGAUUUUGAAUCUGUUAGGUUCCAAAAGAGUUCUACAAACCAAAUAUUGAAUCCAAUUGAUAGAUGUGAAGCAAACUAUGCAUCUUUUAAUGUACUGAAGGAGUUGACAUGGGAAGAAGUGUUGAAUAAAGGGACAAGAUAUUUUAGUGAAGAGUUCAGUAAGUUCUGUGAUAGGAAAAUGAAUGAGAUUGUUGCUAUGUUGGGGUGGAAUAGAGCCUGGCCUGAGCCACUAUUGCAGGCAUUCUUUGGUGCUUCCAAAAGUGUGUGGUUGGUGCACCUUUUGGCCAACUCAGUGCACCCUGGUUUGCAAAUCUUUAGGGUGGAUAAGUGCGUGAGUUUUGAUUCGGUUUACAUGGAAGACAUUGGAGGAGACAGAGCUAAGAAGUUGGUGCCAACCAUGGUCCGGAUCAUGGUUGCACCUGGGUUUUAUGUCUAUGGCAACAUGGUCCAGUGCAAGGUACUUUGCAGGUACUGUAAUGAUAAUAACAAUAACAAUAGCAUUAACAACAUUGCUGAUGACAAGGGUUUGACCCUUUCUCCUUAGGGUUUAGUUUAUCCAAAUCUGAAAUAUUUUGAUUACUUUGUAACACUAUUUCUGUUAUUAUUAUAUGGAAUUUUCAAUUAAGUGGUCAGAUCA